AUGUCUCCAGGUUUCGGGCCGAGAUCCAACGAUCUCGACUUCUUAGAGGUCUUUGCAGGAGAGCACUUGCUCUACUCUGCAGCCAAGUUGUACGGGUUGCGAGCGCACGGCAUCGACGUGAGCUAUUCGAGGAAACUCGACUUAUUGACUGCUUUCGGCUUCCUAACUUGCCUGCACCUCAGCUUCCUCAAGCUGGACAUAUCCCGCGGCUAUGUCGAUGGUGAAGGUCAGAGGAAACGUGUCGGUGGCAAAGAUCUUACAAGCACGGGGGUUUAUCCUGGGAACAUGGCUUUGAGGGUUGCUGCAAAUGUGUCGGAGCUCCUACGAACUUCGCCAGCAACGCAUGCUUCGGAUGAGAUGGAUAUGCAGCUGGCAGACACCGUGGGUGAUGAUGAUUCUGAUUCUGGCCUCGAGGACCUUAUAGGUGCCGAGAGCCAAGCCUUGUCUAGUGGUUUCAGCGGUAUCUAG